AUGUGGCUACCGAGGGUACCUGCGUGGGCAGCGCUGCGCCAGUGCCCCGGGGACUCGCAGGCCGCUCUAGGGUGGCUACUAAGACGUAAAUGUCAAGAUUGCUUAGAAAUAAAGGUGGCACGGAGGUACGGGGGUGUGGUGCGGGGCUUUACCUGGGAGGGGGAUCUCCACGAACUCUGUCCCUGUGAGCCGGGAGGCGGUUUGCCUGAAUCUAUUAUUGCAGCGGCAUGUGCCAGAAGUGGCCAGAGAGUUCUUCAUGUUGAUUCGAGAAAUUACUAUGGUGGAAACUGGGCCAGCUUUAGUUUUUCAGGAUUAUUGUCCUGGAUUAAAGAAAAUCAGCAAAAGACAGAUAUCAAUAAUGAAUGUGAAGACUGGAGAAAACUGAUCCUUGAGAAUGAAGAAGUUAUUUCUCUUAGCAAGAAGGAUAAAACUAUUCAACAUGUAGAAGAUUUCUGUUUUGGCGAUCAGGAUUCAGCUGAAGAUGUUGAAGAAGCUGGUGCAUUGCCAAAGCUGCCUGUCUUUGGAGCCUCUAGUGCUGAGGGGGUUGCUCAGGAGUCGGAAAAAGAGCACCCACCAAUGGAGAGCGCCUUGCCGGAGGCAGAGAGCCGGGAACCAGAAAAGGCUACAGGCACUGAGCCAGGAAGUGCAAUGGAAGGGAAUGAUAUGGAAAUAACUUCUGAGAAUGAAAGUUCUCAGAGUGCGGCUUUUGGCGAGUCUGCUCUGGAAUUGGGAAGAACUGAAGCUGCACCCUCAGAAAUUUCUGCCCAAGAACCAAAGAAAAUUACAUAUUCCCAAAUUGUUAGAGAAGGCAGAAGGUUUAAUAUUGAUUUAGUUUCUAAGUUGCUUUACUCCCGAGGUCUGUUAAUUGACCUUCUGAUUAAGUCGAACGUUAGCAGAUAUGCAGAAUUCAAAAAUGCGACACGAAUUCUUGCCUUUCGAGAAGGAAAAGUAGAACAGGUACCUUGUUCUAGAGCAGAUGUCUUUAACAGCAGACAGCUCACUAUGGUGGAAAAGAGAAUGCUAAUGAAAUUUUUGACAUUUUGUUUGGACUAUGAACAACACCCUGAUGAAUACCAAGACUACGAGAACAGUACAUUUGCUCAGUUCUUAAGAACACGGAAGUUAACACCCAGCUUGCAGCACUUCAUUCUUCACUCUAUUGCAAUGGUUUCAGAGGCUGAUUGCAGCACUCUUGAAGGUCUUCAGGCAACAAAAAAAUUUCUUCAGUGCCUUGGCCGCUAUGGCAAUACACCAUUUUUGUUUCCUCUGUAUGGUCAAGGAGAGAUUCCACAGUGCUUCUGCAGGAUGUGUGCUGUUUUUGGUGGUAUCUAUUGUCUUCGCCAUUCUGUGCAGUGCCUUGUAGUGGACAAAGAAUCUGGACGAUGCAAAGCUAUUGUGGAUCAUUUUGGACAAAGAAUAAGCGCUAACUAUUUUAUUGUGGAAGAUAGUUACCUUUCAGAGAGUGUAUGCACAAAUGUGUGUUACAGGCAGAUCUCCAGAGCAGUCCUCAUUACAGAUCAGACUGUACUAAACACAGAUUCAGAGCAGCAGGUUUCUAUUUUGACAGUGCCUCCAGUGGAUCUAGGAAAACCAGCAGUUUGCGUCAUUGAGUUGUGUUCCUCAACCAUGACAUGCAUGAAGGACAGUUACUUAGUCCAUUUAACCUGUCCAUCAACUAAAACUGCUAGGGAAGAUUUAGAGCCUGUUGUACAGAAGUUAUUCAACCUAAAUACAGAAAAAGAGACUGAAAAUGAAGAACUAGAAAAACCUAGAGUCCUCUGGGCAGUCUACUUCAACAUGAGAGAUUCUUCAGGAGUUGACAAAAAUUCAUAUGAUGGCUUACCCUCAAAUGUUUAUGUCUGUUCCGGACCAGACUGUGCUUUAGGAAAUGACUGUGCUGUCAAACAGGCUGAGACUAUUUUCCAAGAAAUGUUUCCUACAGAGGAAUUUUGCCCACCACCACCAAAUCCAGAAGAUAUUAUUUAUGAUGAAGAUGAGAUUGCGCCAGAAGAGUCUGGAUUCAGUAAUUCACCAGAGACAAAAUCUGAACCCUCAACUGAGGAAAGCAGUAGCGGAGGUAGUACUGCUUUUAAGAAAGAAGAUAAUGAGUAAUGGAUUAGCUCUGUUCUCUUAGCAAAAGAGGAGGUUGACCCAAACUAAAAUGUAAGGGAGGAAGG